GCGCGAGUCUCGAAGCCGCGCUCCGCUCUGCGGUUGCGUAACGAUCGACGCCGGGGUGGAUGGAGGGAGAGAAACACGCAACCUCUGUCGGUGGGAGUGCAGCGGUGGGGGGAGGACGCGUUGGAGGGCGUGUCCGUUUUGAUGACGUUGGGGGCAGGCGGAGCCCCACGCGCAGAGCGAGCGGAGCAGGAGCCCGGGGAGGCACGCGGAGAGGGGCACCCGGCGAGGGGACACCCGGCCAAGGCGAGGGGAUACCCGGCCAAGGCGAGGGGAUACCCGGCCAAGGCGAGGGGACACCCGGCCAAGGCGAGGGGGGGACCCCGAGCCCAGCCGAAGCUCCCGGGAGGGAGUCGCCUCCUGCUGCCUGACGCCGCACAUCCCGGAGCCGUCAUGGGGAACAGUCUGAGCGGCGAAGGCGGCACUGCCUCCUCGGCGCUCCCGUCACUGGGCCUGGGCGCGCCCCUGCAUGUCACACUACUGGGGCUCGACUCGGCCGGCAAGACGGCGCUGCUCUACCGCCUCAAGCUGGGCGAGUUCCUCCACACCACGCCCACCGUGAGCUUCAACACCGAGCGCCUGCGCCUGCCGGUCGCGGAGCCGUCGCUACUACAGGCAGCGGCGGCAGCGGCGGCAGCGCCGGCGGCACUGCCAGCAGAAGCGCCACCGGACGAGGUCAACGAGACAAACGGCAUCGACUCUUCCGCAGGCAGCUACGAGACUUGCACCUCCACCGUGGAGGCCGGCGGUGACCCCGGGCUGAUUUCGGGUCCCGCGGCCUCCACCGAAGCCAGCUCCUCCGACGACGAGGAGGAGCGCGACGCCGGCGCGGAACCCUCCGAUGGCGCGUGCCGCGUGGCACAACAUGCUCCAGGCCUCGCCGUCUCCUUCCACUUCUGGGACGUGGGCGGGCAGGAGAAGCUGCGGCCGCUGUGGCGCUCGUACGUGCGCGGCGCCGACGGGCUGGUGUUCGUGGCGGACGCGUCGGACCCCGAGCGGCUGGAGGAGGCACGGUGCGAGCUGCUACGCGUGUCGCGGCUGCCCGAGUGCCAGGGCGUGCCGGUGCUGGUGGCGGCCUCCAAGAGCGACUUGCCGGGAGCGCUGCCGGCCGACGAGGUGGGGCGGCGCGUGGGCGCUACUCAGCUGUCGCCCCACACGGCGUGGCGCGCGCAGGCGGUGAGCGCACGCACCGGUGCUGGCGUGGCCGAGGCGCUGCACCAGCUGCACGAAGUGAUCGUCGAGGGUCGCCGGCUGGCGAGGAUGCACAAGCGCAAGCGGCCGCGGUGAUGCGUGGACCCCAGCGCUCGCCGCAGCCACCGCUGGGUGCUGCCUCGUGGAACCAGGAUUUCAUUUCAGCCUGGUCGUUCCUUUUGGCUAGGCGAAACGAAAAAUAUUUCUACACCCAGUACAACGUAUCCAGCAGACUUCUCGCUAUGGCUGUGGCUUAAACUCACGUGCCACCUUCUCAAGGCUAUUAAUGACCCGGAAAACAUCUCCACACCUAUCACACCACAUCCACGAUACCUCUCGCUCUGGAUGUGCCUACAAUUCAGUGAGAAAUGAAGCCCUGCGUGUGACUCUAAACGUGGACCCACGACGGAUGAACGGUGCGUUGUCUGGGCGCGCGCGAGCGUUUGCGGUGCAUAUGUACGGUGCACUGUACAGCUGUGUGGAAUUUUUUUAUUUUGUAAAUACAGUGCGUAAUUGAACUGUAAUUUCAUAUGCAGGUUUUCUAGUGCGUGCGCACGCAGAGUGACCGAGCGUUGUGUGGCUGGGGUGUAAAGUGACACGGCGUCUAUUGCUGUGAAGAACCGGCGUAGGGAGUUUAUUUUUGCCAGCCCUAUGUUUUGCUGCUUGUUAAUUGAAGCCGCGGCAAUUUGCACACGAAUAAUGCCUCGAUUCACGUCGAGAUGGGUGGUGGUGACGGUGGUGGUGCACUUGGUCACAACGAGCAACACCGCGCCGUUCCCAUUUGAUAAUCUCGUGGCGUUGGCGGUUGUGGUCGACUGUCCCGUACCACCAACAAUGUAUCUUUCAUUUUUUUAAUGUAUCUUUCAAUUCGGCAGCGUUUCUGGCACCAUUUAUAAUAAUGCUUGUAACCUUUGACUUGAAAGGGACUUUUAAUUAUUUCUUAGAAAAGUCUCCCCGAGUCUCAGGAUUGUUUAACGGAUCGUCCCGCCUGGAAUGUGUGGCUCAUCCUUUUGUGAGGAGUGUGGGCCUACGCUCCGAGUCAGCGUUUCAGGCUCGUGCCGAGUGUCCUCUCUCCUUAAAGCAUUAAAUGCCCUUCCCACGGUCGCACGCUCUGAGUGAGUCCGAUUGCUGUCACAUGCUGUCUGUGGAAUCGUGUCGAUUAUGCGCACUUUCCAGAAUUUUUUAUUUUUGGCAGACGUGCAAAUGAGAUGAUGCAAUUGUCCGCAGAAGCUGAAACCAUACAUUGUACCACACGUGUAAUUGUACCACACGUGUAAUUGUACCACAUGUGUAAUUGCUUUAAUCGCAGCAUUCGUUUACAAUCCGUUGCCACUGUCUUGUGGCAUCAAGUUAUGGUUUUGUCGACCGUUUGCCUGAAUUAUCUGGCAAAGAGCAGCCAGAUAAUGCAGGCAAACAGCACAACAAGGCUGCUGCCCGCAAAAUCAUAAAGUGCACGUCUCGCACAUGCAAACGUCACGCCGCAUUCGUGCAGAGGUGCAGGAGCUGCAGGGUCGCACGCCUGGAUGCGCUCUUCCGCCAAACACAAUGCUCUGCCAGUGCUGUUGUGCGUGUAUAUAUAUAGCAACGGGGUAGCUAAAAUUACCCGAUUGUUGUGAAAAAAGGGGUUCUUCCUAUUGUAUACAGUUAAUACAAACAGGGCGCUUACAAACGGGGGAAAUGAGCGGAUCCGGCGGGCGAUGCAUUUGCUGCCGUCGCUGCGCCUGCUGCUGUCGCAGCGCGAUGGCCGUCCGAGCAGUCGACUCUGGACGCUGCUGCAGGUGCUUCCACGCCGUCUGCCGGGCUCGUGAAGGCCGCUCGUAUUUGUUUCGCACCCCGCGGGGAACGUGAAGGGGAUACGACCGAAGGGGUUGGGCGCUGGAGGAAAUGGGAGACCCCCGUGGAGGUUUUGGCCCAUGGGUGCAGGGCAGAUGACUGUCAACUGGCGUCCGUUUGGCAAAGGGGGAAAUUUGUAAACUAGGAAAUGGUCACGUGAACGACAAAUUGCAGCAGUGACAUUGGUGGACUGGAGAUGGUGAGAUUGGUAAAUCUCAAAAUGGGAAUAUUGACACCAGCUAGCCUGCUGAUGACAUGCGAAGGCUGUGGUCAUGUGUAAUACAUCUUGGGUCUAAUUUUUGUGUUGGUGUAAAGGCAGCCUCAGACAUGAUUUGUUAUAAAAUCUAAUUGUUGAAGUGUUUUGUCGAUUUGGCCAGUUUUCUACCACAAAAACCGAUUAUAACCACUUUCUCACCAUGACAUGAACUAUCAGUGACAUGUUUCACGUCCAAAGCAGUCAAAAGUGGAAAACACGAAGCUGAAAACGCCAUGAGAAGUGAUUCGUGGUGCAUCCGGUACCUGCUGUGGUUUCUCUGCCUGGGAGGACGUUCGGUAGUGCACACAUGAAUCAACAACUGCAACAACUUUUCAUGAUCGGCGCGUGCUUUAGUCUCGAGAAUUGUGCGCGACACUCAAGCCUUAGGGCCGAGCUGAAAAUAACAAUGUUUUAUUCGCAAUCAAAAUUGCCUGCAGUAAAACGUUCUGCUUUCUGCAAAGCUUCGCGGUAAUGGGCCUUGCCUCUUUGUCUUACUGUACACAGCUGUGCGCGUGGUGAUUUCUUUUGCCUGCAGAAAGAAAGUCACUUUAGUUUCACCACGCAGGCCCACCACCGUUUGGUGGUGGGCCUGCGUGGUGAAGCGUGCAGAAGAAGGCCCGCGCUGUGUGCCGCGUGAUUCCGGGCGUGAAGAGCGCGCACGCACAGGACGCGCCACAAAUAUGCGGCGCUGUCAGUGGGAGCAGACGUGGCACAGUCAUACAGUGGCAGAACUGGUUCAAUGAGAGUCUUGCCUGGUCUGGUAUUUUCGGUUUGUUCAAAGAGAAUGUUUAUUAAACGAUGUGGUUAUACCUCUCCUUUGUACGGUAUGUGAAUAAUUAGACGAGUUUACAAAUAUUUACCGAGAGAAAAAAAGUAUGACGUAAAAGAGGCUGUCUAACGUUCCGGGCCCACGCCUGGUACGAGUCCCCAUAACACAACGAUCCACCCGGGUCAUGAGAGCCUUCGAGCUAAAUCGGCUCCUUUGACAAUUUAGCAACUCGGUUACUAAAGCAGACCUGGACCCAUGUCUCAGUCUGAGUAGUAUCCACUCGGCAGCAAGCCGUGCCCGGGAGCACUCUUGCCCAUUUGUACGUUCCAGGGUGUUGUAAAAGUGACCCCCCCCACCACACGAGCAUUGAGGGAAUGCCGCACAGAAAUCGGCAACUCAAAAGUUGAACACACUUCACCAUCGUCUUCACCAGCCACUUCUAGUUGGAAGGCCAUCCCAAGACGUUGCUACCUUCCUCGUUCCUGCAAUGGAAUAGUCCAUGCAGUUCUACAAUGGAAUAGUCCAUGCAGUGCUACAAUGGGAUAGUCCAUGCAGUUCUACCGUACUUGUGUACGGUCUCGUUUCCUCGCUCCGCUCCGUCCUCUCCGGCGUGUUUCCUGCUCUGGCUGCCCCUCCGUUAUGAGCCUCGACCACCGGCCACCGACCCCUUCAAGCGAAGUGCCCUGCCCAAGCCACACUCGCUUAUCUCAGCAGGCCACGU